AUGCGUCUUCUCUUUCUGGAUUCGACCAAGUACAUCCUUAAGGGAUUGGAAAAGUGCAGCGAGGUUCUCGGCCAGAUCCACGAGGACUUUAUCGAAACCGUCAAUCAGAAAGAGAUCCAGAUUUACACCUUCCAGGAAGGGAGAGGUAUCUCGAGCAUCAAGGGACUACAUAACAAGAUCGUGGACGACUUCUCCUCGAGACUUCAUCUUCCUAGUAGUCUUGAGACCGUCGCAACAAUCGACGCAAACCACCAAGACAUUGUUAGAUGCUCUGAUAGGAACGAUCCACAGGACAGGUCUAUCUUUGGUGCCAUUGAUCAACUUCUUAACCAACUUAUGAACGACACUACGAUGGCUAGCCAUAGACCUAUGUCAAGGGGACCUGUGGCCUCUGAAGAGGAGUUUAACCCCCGGAAGAAGGUCUCUGAAGCUGGCAACAGGCAACUAGUGCCCUCUAAAGAAAACCCUAGAGCAGCCCAACCGCCCCAGGCUAGUCAAGCUGCUGGUGCAGCCUCUGAGCCACCGGCUGGGGCUGCGGAAACGUUUGUCCCUGGAACCAAUGCUGGAACGCAGGCAAUUGGAUCCUUUCAGGUGAAAUUUGGGAAUAUUGACGCUCAAGGCGGCACUGUGUUGAUCCUGGGUAAUGGAACAUAUGUGUCAAACGUGGCGGGUGCUCAUGUGCAAGGUAUACAGGGCGUGAAGGGUGCGAAACCGGAGACCACUCCGGAACGCCGACUUGGACCCCACUACAUCAUUCGCGAACCUAAAAACACGGAAUUCGUUGGUCGUGAGCCAAUUCUCACACAACUCAUGGAGAUGCUCUAUGAUACCCAACAAGCCUACCGGGCUGUUAUUGUUGGCACGCCCGGUGUUGGCAAGACUCAAGUUGCCUUGCAGCUCUCCUAUUCGAUCAAGGACAGGAAAUGGCUCUUGGUGGUGGAUAUUGCCGAUGAUGCUCAGGCUGUCUUUGGGUCCACAGAGAUCCCAACCAGCUCGUCUCAAUACCGGGGGAUCUGGCAGUAUCUCCCUUGGGAAGAUAAGGGCCGUAUGGUCUUGUUCACGACCAGGUUUUGGGAAGUUGCAUGGGCAGCCGCAAACAGUGGCAGAAACGUCCUCAAGCUUGGGGUAAUGAGCAAAGAAGAAGCGACCCAGCUGUUGAGGUCGCUGAUCCAUAAAGAUGAAGGUGACUCUGACGACUUCCAAACCAAUGGAGCAGAACUCGUGAGGGAACUUGAGUAUCUCCCAGCAGCCAUCAAGGUUGCCGCAGGCUAUAUUGUCACAAACUACAUUACGGUCGGCACUUACUUGGAGCACCUUCGACACGUCUUGCCGAAGCCUUAUUGGGAGAACUAUUGGACGUGGAGACCACUUCUCCCACAUGCCAUGCACAUUCUGUGGGAGAGUAAGGGCAACUAUGGAGUCGAAAGAGCCACUCUACUUGCCCGUGUUGGCGAUGCCUUCAAGACGGACUCGAGGUGGUCAGAGGCGAUCGAGUGCUACGAGGAACUCGGUCUGCACAAGCCUUUUGAGGUGAAUCACGACAAGCCCACAAAGAACUAUGGCCCGAAGAUCACCCUCUACUUCUCGCAUCACAGGCACAUUUAG